AUGAAACCAUCGCUGCUCUUCUUGGCUCCCUUGGCUGGCGCGGCGGUCCUGGGCUCCCGUGACGAUGACCCAUCUAGAACUCAAUGCCCCGGCUACCGUGCGUCGAAUGUCAAGAAUCAUGGCCAAUCCCUGACCGCAGAUUUGACCCUCGCGGGUAAGCCCUGCAACUCAUAUGGCUCUGACCUCAAGAACUUGAAGCUCCUCGUGGAGUACCAAACUGAUGACCGUCUGCAUGUCAUGGUCUACGAUGCCGAUGAGCAGGUCUACCAAGUGCCUGAGUCGGUCUUCCCGCGUCCCAGCUCGGAUUCUGGUGUCAAUCCCAAGAAGACAGCUCUCAAAUUCAAGUACCAGAAUGAUCCCUUCUCUUUUCAAGUCGUGCGUGAUGAGGAAGUCCUGUUCGACACCUCGGCUUCCAAUCUCGUCUUCCAGUCUCAGUACUUGAACUUGCGCACCUGGCUCACCAAUGAACCCAAUUUGUACGGGCUCGGUGAGCAUACGGAUUCACUUCACCUGCCAACCAUGGACUACACGCGCACCUUGUGGAGUCGGGAUGCCUAUGGUAUUCCAUCCGACACCAACCUCUAUGGCAACCACCCGAUCUACGUGGACCACCGAGGUGAGGCGGGCACUCACGGUGUCUUCCUCUUGAACUCCAACGGCAUGGACAUCAAGAUCAACAAGACCGACGAGGGCAGGCAAUACCUGGAGUACAACACCCUGGGUGGUGUCUUUGAUUUCUACUUCAUGGCGGGUCCCACCCCGAAGGAUGUCAGCAUGCAGUAUUCUGAGAUUGCCGGCACUCCUGCCAUGCAGAGCUACUGGACGUUCGGGUUCCAUCAGUGCAGAUACGGAUAUCGGGACGUCUAUGCUGUUGCUGAAGUAGUGCUGAACUAUAGUCAGGCUGCGAUCCCCCUGGAGACAAUGUGGACGGACAUUGACUAUAUGGAUGGCCGGAAAGUGUUUACUCUGGACCCUCAACGCUUCCCGCUUCACAAGAUGCGUGAACUGGUGACUUACUUGCAUCAUCACGAUCAGCACUACAUUGUCAUGGUCGAUCCGGCCGUGAGUGAUAGUAACAAUACUGCUUUCCACCGAGGAAUGGAGCAGGAUAUCUUCCUUCACCGCAAUGACACGCUCUACCAAGGGGCUGUCUGGCCCGGCGUGGCUGUCUUCCCGGAUUGGUUUAACCCGGACACCCAGGACUACUGGAAUGGGGAGUUCAACGAUUUUUUCAGCGCCGAGCAUGGUGUCGACAUUGAUGGGCUAUGGAUUGACAUGAACGAGGCUUCCAACUUCUGCCCAUGGCCAUGCGCCGAUCCUGCUGCAUUCGCUGUGUACGAUAACCUGCCCCCGACACCGCCACCCGUUCGCACCCCUCCCUACCCGUUGCCUGGAUUUCCACCAGAUUUCCAGCCUUCAUCGUCGUCCUCUUCCAAGCCAUCUGGAAAGAAGACGCGUGAGAAGCGAGCUCAGUCUGGAAAGGGAAAGAAGACUGGCCUGCCCAACCGGGAACUCAUUGAUCCUCCUUAUCACAUUGCAAAUGCUGCCGGGUCUCUCAGCAACCUGACCAUCGACACGGACAUUGUCCAUGCCGGCGAAGGAUACGUCGAAUAUGACACGCAUAACCUCUAUGGCACCAUGAUGAGCGUGGCCUCACGCGACGCCAUGCAGCAGCGCCGGCCGUCUGUGCGACCUCUUGUCAUCACACGCAGCACCUUUGCUGGAGCUGGAGCCCAUGUCGGCCACUGGCUUGGUGACAACCUCAGCACGUGGGACAAGUACCGUGUGUCGAUUGCAGAGAUGUUGGCAUUUGCUUCCAUCUUCCAGAUUCCCAUGAUUGGUUCCGACGUGUGCGGAUUCGGUGAUGACACGACCGAGCAGCUCUGUGCUCGAUGGGCCAUGCUGGGCGGGUUCUAUCCGUUUUUCCGAAACCACAACAACUACGGCAACAUCCCUCAGGAGUUUUACCAGUGGCCCACUGUGGCAGACGCAGCCCGGAAGGUGAUUGAUAUCCGGUACCGUCUACUCGAUUAUCUGUACACCUCGUUCCACACGCAGACCGUGACGGGAGAACCGUUCCUGCAGCCGCUGUUCUACCUCUACCCGGAAGACCGCAACGUUUUCACAAACCAGAGGCAGUUCUUCUACGGCAAUUCGCUUAUGAUCUCCCCCGUAACCGAAGAGAACAGCACUUCUGUCGCCGCUUACUUCCCAGAUGAUUUGUUCUACGAUUGGUUCACUGGGAAAGCCCUACGCGGCCACGGCGCAAAUAUCACUCUGUCCAACAUCGGCCUCACUGACAUUCCCAUCCACAUCCGCGGCGGAAGCAUCAUUCCCUUGCGCAAGGACAGUGCCAUGACCACAACCGAGUUGCGCCGCCAAGGUCUGGAGCUGGUCAUUGCGCCUGGUCUCGACGGUACCGCUUCCGGGGAGCUGUACAUGGACGAUGGCGAGUCGCUGAGUCCGUCCCGCAUGCUGCAGGUCCAGUUUUACUACACCGGCGGCAAACUGAGCAUCCGUGGUCAGUUUGAGUACAACCCCGAUGUGGCCGUUGAGUCUGUGACGCUGUUGGGCCAAGCUAGCAAGCCUCGCGGUUCUCAAAGUGAUGUCGAGUACAACGCCCCUCGAGAGAGUGUGACCAAAGAGACGAAGAUUGAACUUACUGGGCCGUCCGAGGUGCAGCUCUAA